AUUCCUAUUCUUUAAAUUUCCAAAAGUAGCGAAAAUCGCCAGCUUGAUUUAAAAAUGCCAAAUAAAAAUGGUGUCGGAAAAAAAUCACCUAGCACAUCAAAAUCGAGUAACAACAACAAGAGAAGAGAGCCUGAAUCUCGUUAUGAAGAGAAAACUGCAGUUCAUGGAGGAAAAACAAAAUAUGAAGAGAAGACGGUUGUUCAUGGAGGGAAAACGAAGAAUGUCGUUGCAAAGAAGGUUCCGAGUAAAGCAUCAGUCAUAGUUGAUAAGAAGGCUUCAACGACUGAAACUACAGUUCCGAUUACUGUGAAGAAGAGUAUGUUGUCAAUUAGCACUGCAUACGAUAGAACUGUGACUGAAGAGAAGGAGAAGGAGAAGCCAAAGAAAAAAGAAAAGGAGAAAUGGUCAGGAGAAGAUGCUUCCAUCAAAUUUAAAGAACUUAGGUUCAAUCAAUCUGAAGGAGGAGUACGACGAGAUACAGAAGCUUCCUGUCCAAACCGAUGCAAAAUGUGGCAAUCGCACUCCAGUCGAAAUCGUCAUACCGACUACAAAUGCUACGAUCACAACCGGAUUAUUGUUCAGAUGUGCAAGGACGAUUAUAUCAAUGGAUCUAAGAUAAAUGUGCCACACUUCACUCCAUCGAUAUAUCUUGUUCAACUUCCGAAAAUGGAUUCAGUCGAUGCAGUAGAGGAAUUUUGGCGUGUCGUGUUCCAUGAGCAAUGCCAAACGGUGCAUAUUAUUGCAAGACCAGAAGAACUCACCAACCCAGCAAUCGACAAGCUGUUCUGUCAGGAAUCGGGAGCAUGGCUCUAUGCCAACGGAUUUUUCGUCAACACCCGCAAAGUUGAGAAGAAGGAAAAUGCGAAAGCAGACAUGUUUGUCGUUGAACUUCUUCCAGAAGGUUGCUCGAAUGCUGUCAUGUGUAGUGUGUAUCUUCAUACAUACUGGAAGCCUUUGUUUGGACCUGAUCGAUUCGGUGCACAAAUCCGCGCAGCCCAUCAAAUUGCUAAGAAUGAGAACGGAAACUCACCAACUGUCAUUGCUUCUGUGAAUGGUUCUGGACGGAAUGCUGCGCUUCUUACGUUGGCAGUUGUUGAGGAUCAGUUGACUAGAGGAAAGGAGCCAAAGAUAAGCGAAAUCGUUCGCACGAUCCGUGAGCAACGCCCCCAGUCCGUUGACUCAUACAUCCAAUAUGUAUCACUGUACAUGGCAACCAACUGGCUGAUCAAAACAAAGCUCCCAUCUGGUCAUGAAGUCGUUUCAAAGAUCAAGAAGUUUAACGAGAAAGCAACACGCUCCCUUCCUGGUUCGAUGAUGAAGACACCAACUGAAGAACUUUGAUGGUGACGGCAGUACUCGACUACAACACUCCUCAAUUGAACACUCGCCUUCGGUUUAUUUUCGACAAAUAAAUUAGUUUUCUUC